GGCGCCGCCCAAGAGACCCUGGGCGGGCGCACGGCUGCUUCUCCGCGUUUUCCUUUCCGUCUUUGUGUCUGUCUCCGUGUCUGUCUGGCUGUCUCCGAUCUUGCCUCCGCUUCCAGAACUAAGCCCCAACUCGGACAUCCUGAAAACCCCAGCCCCUUUCUCAUGGAAGGUUACUUGUCACCCAAAGGUUACGCCCCUUCUCCCCCACCUCCCUAUCCUGUGACCACUGGAUACCCGGAUCCGGCCUUGCAUCCUGGGCCUGGGCAGGCGCCGGCCCCUGCGCCUGGCUUCGCUCUCUUCCCCUCUUCCGUCCCCGUGGCCCCGGGGUCUGCUGCCCCCUUCUUGCCACUGCCAGGGGUACCUUCUGGCCUGGAAUUCCUGGUGCAGAUUGAUCAGAUCUUGAUUCACCAGAAGGCUGAGCGAGUGGAAACGUUCUUAGGCUGGGAGACCUGUAAUAGGUAUGAACUACGUUCGGGGGCCGGGCAGCCCCUGGGUCAGGCAGCCGAGGAGAGCAACUGCUGCGCUCGUUUGUGCUGUGGUGCCCGCCGGCCCCUGCGUGUCCGCCUGGCAGACCCCAGUGACCGUGAGGUGCUGCGUUUACUCCGCCCACUCCACUGUGGUUGCAGCUGCUGUCCCUGUGGCCUCCAGGAGAUGGAAGUACAAGCUCCACCAGGUACCACCAUUGGCCAUGUACUACAGACCUGGCAUCCCUUCCUCCCCAAGUUCUCCAUCCAAGAUGCUGAUCGCCAGACGGUCCUGCGAGUGGUGGGGCCCUGCUGGACCUGUGGCUGUGGCUCAGACACCAACUUUGAGGUGAAGACAAGGGAUGAAUCCCGUAGUGUGGGCCGCAUCAGCAAGCAGUGGGGGGGACUGCUCAGAGAAGCCCUCACAGAUGCAGAUGACUUUGGCCUGCAGUUCCCGCUGGACCUGGACGUGAGGGUGAAGGCUGUGCUGCUGGGAGCCACAUUUCUCAUUGACUACAUGUUCUUCAAGAAGCGAGGCGGCACUGGGCCCUCUGCUAUCACCAGUUAGAGACCACUUUGGUAUGAGACCAUCGCUUCAACCAGAACUCAAGAUGGUCACCUGCCUUGGCCUGGCCCCUCCUCAGAGGCAGCACCUUUCCUCCAUGUAUACUGCAGGGGACAGAUGAGGGGCCCAUCCCUACCCUCCUCCCUGGCCUCCAGCCCCUGUGGUCUCCACAGAAGAGUAUGUAUGAGAAAGCCUGCCCCCUGCUACCUCCUGCCACUGUCUCCUAGCAGUCCCUUAGCACAUAGGCAUGUCGGCUUUCAAACUUUCCCUACUCACUCCCUCCCACCCCCUUUGGGGGAUAGCCUCUGCUCCAGAGGAGGCCUUUGGAUCCCAGGACUUGGUUUUUAUGGUUAUGCAACAGAGCUGGUGUGGGGAAGGGCAAGUGGCACCAAAGAUGGCAGAUAUAGCCACCUGCAUCAGCUUGGCCAAGUAGCUCAGCCUCAGACCAUGGCACCUUGAGAGGGUCCCCACCUUCCUACCAGUAGCUGUGGGGUGGGCGGGCAGUGCCAGUUUCCUCUUCCCCUUGGGCCCUGCCCAUUGCUGGUGCUUGCUGCGGCGUCCUGUGCCUUAUUUAACCACCCUUCCUUCCCUUGCCCUAGGAAGGAGGCUGCAUCUUUGUAUGUUAUAUUCAUAUAAACUUUGUAACUUUUUGGACAUUG